AUGCCGGACGAGCCAGGGUCCCCGGAGAGCAACCCCGAGGAUCUCGAGGGAGGAACGUCGGGACAUGGCGGCGGCGAGGGAGGGUCGUCGUCGGUUCGGGAGCAGGAUCGGUUUCUGCCUAUCGCGAAUAUUAGUCGGAUUAUGAAGAAGGCGCUGCCGCAGAACGCCAAGAUCGCGAAAGACGCCAAGGAGACGGUUCAGGAGUGCGUAUCCGAGUUCAUCAGCUUUAUCACCAGCGAGGCGAGCGACAAGUGCCAGCGUGAGAAGCGCAAGACGAUCAACGGCGACGAUUUGCUGUGGGCGAUGAGCACGCUGGGCUUCGAGGACUAUGUGGAGCCGCUUAAAGUGUACCUGCACAGAUACCGCGAGACUGAGGGAGAGGGAGCAACCAAGGACGGCAAGCCGCAGCCAGCACCAGGAGGCUCAGCGCAGCAGACCUCGCUCCCCUCCUCGCUUCCCCAAUCCAACGCACAGAUGCCGUCCUCUUCAGCAUACCCAUCCGGGGGCUCAGUUCCGUACAUGCAGCCGCAGAUGAUGCCUCCUGGUGGUUACCAG